GCGAAGGACGCAGAUGAGAUAAAAAUGAGGAUCCUUUCCACCCUCAUACUGGGCGUUUUACUACCCCUAGCGGCGCUCGCCGACCAAUCAGAGCUCGAGCUGUCCGAGGACCAGCCAAUCAGCGAGCAGCUAUUCGGCGAGGGAAAGAGGCAGAUAGAGACGCCGGAGGUGGUUCUGCAGUUGAAAUAUGACCGGGGGGAACUGAAUAGGAUAUAUUUGGCGCAGUUUCGCAAGAAAAAAGAACGCUGGGCGCCGUCAGUGCCUGCCACAGACAAUCUGUGUUCGGACCUGUGCCACUCAGGACUGGGCGGGCUUCCCUGCGGCGAAACAUGCGCAGACAUGAUCCCAGUGGGCCUCAAGUCCCACCUGAUGGAAGACCCACAAGAAAACAUGACACAUGCUGAAUAUGGCGAACCUCGUGUGGCCGUGUGUCCUACACUGUGCCAAUACGGACUGGGUAACCCGCUGUGUGCGUGCAGCAGUGGGGAGCUGCCGGUAGCUUGGGACGUCAUCUGUGCUGCUUUCUGCUCCGACAAAUAUGAGCUCAGAGGUUGUCCAGCCUGUCCCACCGACUUCACGACAGCUACUGCCGCUGCAGCAGGCCGUUCUGUGGCAACUGCCUUCGUGUUGUCAACAACCGAGGGCUGGUCGGCGUGGUGCAACGUGCAAUGCCGGCAGGGGCACGGCGGGGCCGCUUGCAAUUGCGACCGGGCGCCCUUCCAGUAACCAACAACGAACCAGUACCCAUGAGGAUAACAACCGACGCCAUCGUUAAAUACACACUUCGCCAGGGAAGCGGUGACCAGCCGUAACCAACCUUCCGUAAGACCAACCUUCAAUAAGAGUAACCAACAACUGUAACAUUUACCUCUAGUUUCACAAUCGAUCGUCUGUGAAAAUGAAUAGGGAUACGUUUGGGUUUAUAAGUUUUCGCUAUCGCUGCCUGAAAAAUCUCGCGCUCGGUGCAUGGCCCGCUUUGUCAGCUCAAUCAUCAACGGAGUUCGUAUAUGGCAUCGUAUAUUCAUGUAGCCAAAAGCCCAUAAGUUACGGAACCAAUCCUUGGAAUUCUUUGUUUUGAUUUUUAUUGAAUAUUGAACCGUUUAAGGUUGAUUGUCCCAACAUAUGCAAGCUUUACCUUUGUGCUAUUUAUGACCUAUUACCUUUUUACUUAAUUAAAACAAGAUUAGUAUAUAUUUGAGGACGUUCACUUAUACGUUUUCAACACAUGCAAUUUUUUUAGGUGCUUGAUGAAAUUAUGUGCAAUAUAUUUUUAUUUUUUAAUAAGUAUUAUAUACAUAUUUUAAAUAUAGGUAAAAAUAAUAACUUUUUUGUUCGUUAUAUUAAGUACCUACCAAACGAAAAAAAGGUGCAUUGGAUCGAGGACCAUUUGUUUUUUAUUUUACUUUUUAUCAUAUUUUGCGUUAUACAGAUGUUUUAUUUUAUUUUUAACAACUUUAUAUAAGAUAUGUUUUAUUAUUGAUGAUAAUGUAGGUAAUUAUAAGAACUAAGCAAACUAUA